CUUCAACCAACCUGUUGUCGAUCGCUACUUCGAUGUCCUUGCAGGCACACUGGACGAGCAUGAAAUUCCAGUCGAGAAUAUCUAUAACAUGGAUGAGAAGGGCUGCCAACGAGGCGGUGGGAAGAAGUCGGCCCGGGUCAAAUACUUCUAUUCCCGUCGACAGCGUGCAAAAUAUCGCCACCGAAGCGCAAAUCUCGAGCUCAUCACCAUUCUAGAAGCUGUGUGCGCUGAUGGAUCAACACUGAAACCUGGUUUUGUUUUUCCUGGGGUCGAGCACUGUCCUGAAUGGUUCAACGAGAAUCAAAAUAUACACGUUUCGAUGUCACCUAAUGGAUGGACAGAUAAUGAGAUCUUCAUUGAAUGGCUGCGGGACUGUUUCAUACCACAAGCCAAAGAUCAUGCAAAAG